UGGUCCUUAAAGUAUCUGUCUGCCGUGACGAAUCACCCAAUCGGAUUGCUUUGAUGUCAGCUCCAGUUGAAUCUGCGGUAAAAACCAAGAAAAGUCUCUCUCUCUCUCUCUCUCUCUCUCUCUCUCCGACUUCUUGGAAUCUUCCCCCCUCUUGCUGCCUUCGUCAUCUUAUCUUCUGAAUCUGUCUGAUCCUCUCUGCUGCUCGAGGGGAAGUGCAUAAAUUUCACUUGCCCUUUGCAGUUCCCUCCCACGGCCAUCUUCUUCUUGUUCCUCUUCCUUCUUGAGGGAGAGAGAUGGCCGCCAACCAGCUGAGUUUUGUCAAGUUCUUGUUUUUCUUAGCAACCGUCUCCAUCUUCCUCGCUCAGAUCGAUGCAGAAAAAGCACUUUCCCAGCUCAAGCUCAACUCUCAUAUACUCCAGGACUUGAUAGUCAAAGAGAUAAAUGAGCAUCCCAAUGCUGGUUGGCAAGCUGCCAUGAAUCCUAGAUUCUCAAACUUCACUGUUGGCCAAUUUAAGCAUCUCCUUGGAGUUAAGCCAACGCCCCAUGGGGAGCUGAGACAGGUUCCUGUCAAAACUCAUCCCAAAUCCUUGAAGUUGCCAGAAAAGUUUGAUGCUAGGACUGCUUGGUCCCAGUGCACCACUAUUGGAAGAAUUUUAGAUCAGGGUCAUUGUGGUGCAUGCUGGGCAUUUGGUGCCGUGGAGUCACUGUCAGAUCGUUUCUGUAUCCAUUUUGGAAUGAACAUCUCUCUGUCUGUCAAUGAUCUUUUAGCCUGCUGUGGCUUUAUGUGCGGAAGCGGUUGCAAUGGAGGUUAUCCCCUUUUCGCAUGGCGCUACUUUAAGCACCACGGCGUUGUCACUGAAGAGUGUGAUCCAUACUUCGACGAUGUCGGCUGUUCCCACCCGGGUUGUGAGCCAGAAUAUCCUACCCCCAAGUGUGUGAGGAAGUGUGUGAACGGGAACCAGAUGUGGAGGUCCUCAAAACACUACAGCGUCAGUGCAUACAGAGUUGAUUCCGAACCAUACAACAUAAUGGCUGAAGUUUACAAGAAUGGACCUGUGGAGGUGUCUUUCACUGUUUAUGAGGAUUUCGCGCAUUACAAAUCAGGCGUUUACAAGAACCUCGCCGGUGAUGUGCUGGGUGGUCACGCUGUUAAGUUGAUCGGCUGGGGAACUACUGACGAUGGCGAGGAUUAUUGGCUUAUUGCGAAUCAGUGGAACCGAAGCUGGGGCGAUGAUGGUUAUUUCAUGAUCAGAAGGGGCACUAAUGAGUGUGGUAUUGAGGAGGAUGUGGUCGCUGGUAUGCCUUCGACCAAGAACCUUGUCAGCUAUGUUGCGAGCGUGGAUGAUUCUGGGGAUGCUUCACUGUGAAGAAUGUGAAAUUCCGCGUCAUAUUCUAUGUUGCACGAACACCGGUAGCUGGGGAAGAUGACAGUUUGGACUCCAUCCGAGCAUAAUACUGCACAGAAGCUACGUGGUGCGUGUACAUCGGUUGCCGUGGAAGAAGAUAGAUUGGACUCCAUUCAAGCGACAAGUUCCUUGGAUGCUAGUCCUAUUAUGGAAGUGAUGCUUUUUAUGCUGUUUUCUUUCCUUGUAUCAAUCAACAGACACUCCUGUUUCCGCAAGAACCCUUGAAUACCUACUCUAAAUUUAUACAAGCUGUACUCAUAUUUCAUUA